AUGGCAGAAAUUCUCGGCCUGGCCUCCAGUAUCAUCACAAUAGUGGAGGUGGCUGGAAAGCUCGGCACCAACACCAUUCGACUCAAGCGAUUAUGGGACGAAGUACAAGAUGUCCCAGCUAGCAUUCAGAGAUGCAUCGAGCAAUUGGAGAUCUUGGCCCCCGCCAUCGAGGAAAUGGACCACGAGUUUGAGAAGACCCGGAAUAUGAUACAGAACGACUCGGCUGCCAAGCGAAGUCUUGAAUAUUCACGGAAAGCGGUAGAGACUCUCGACACUUUGGUGAGAGACAUGGAGACACAGAUCAGCGUAGCAAAGACCAGCAAGAGACUGGUAGCCCAACUCAAAGUCAGGAUCAAAAGAGACGUGAUUGAAGAUCACCAGCUUCGACUCACGUCAGCACUUCAACUGCUGUCUCUUUCCCAACAAACCUAUCUCAUUGCUUUAUCACGCGCGCAACCGGGGAUUAUAAUUUCCGAGAUAAGGAGCUGGCAGGACACAGAGUAUCAGAAGCAACUUUCAGUAGGCACUGAAGAAGAUAAGCAGUCCAUGCAAAGUGAAGAACCUGAAGGGGUACAGGCUGGGGAGUCUCAAAGCAACUUCAAGUCUCCUGCAUCUCGCGACUUUAGCUUUUGGUCCGCCAAAAGGCCAUUGCCGCGAAGGCGGCCCGGUCUACUAGGCAGCUUUACUUCCCAAUAUUAUGAGAUUGCCGAAAGUUCUUCGAUUCACCACGUGCCAGACAAGGCACAACUCUUCCAAGCAAGGAUACAGAUGCCUUGGUUAAUGCAAAGAUCUUGGGACUUGUCAGUACUUCGGGCAUCAACUGGGUGGACUCUCCAAUUGAACACCAGAAACAUGCGGCCCUGGGAUGCCAAAAUAAUCCAGGCUGUUGCAAAUGGGCAAGUUGAACAUAUUAUCGAGCUUCUCAAGAGCAAAGAGGCAUCAAUCUACGACGUGGAUCCCGAUGGAUAUUCGUUGCUGGAGCUUGCCCUGAGGAGCCAACAGACCGAAUCCAUCAAGGCUCUCAUCCUCAUGGGGAUGAAGGUUUCUGAAAGUGAUUCGAAGACUUUCGUUUCGUAUAUAUGUAUGUCGCUCUGGAAGGACCCUCAAGCAGAGAGCGUAAUAGAGCUUGGCAGUCAAUGGGCAGCAGAAAUAGAGGGACUAUUAAGCGAGCCUCUAGUACAAGGUUACUUCAAAGUAGCCUUCUGGAGAGUUCCCAGUUUAUACCCUCUUUUAUCGGAGAUAGAAUCUGUCUGUCAAGUGUUACCCUCAUUUGACUGGGUUGAUGUCAACCCAAGGGUUCCUUUAAAGUUGAUAAAAAGUGGACUCGCUGAAACUUCAGACUUCCCUCCAGACCUCUGCUGCUUACAUUCGCUUGUUAGCUCAAGUCUUAUAUACCAGUAUUUCCAUACACUCUUGAACAGCGACGAGAGCUUCCAUGACUGGAGGCGUUUGGCGAGGAAGGUGUUUCUGGGAGUCCCCCUUCUGGAUAUUGUUCAUCCCCAUGAUGGAGGUUUCUGUAGUCUCAGUGGUAUCAUUGAAGCACUAUGGAAGCGACAAUUUCGACUUCUCCCCUUUGCAAGGUGGAUACGAAGAGCUGUUAGUCUAUGGCUCGAAGAUCUUGCAGCGGCUGGCAUCAACCUAGAAGAGUAUAUGAGUCUAGAACUCCGAUACAGCCGGGAUUACCAAAACAAUAGCGUGUACAAGGGCACGAAAAUGGAGAUCCGGCCAGGGACGCGUUUACCGGGGUCUGGGCCAUCACUGGUAGUUCUUUCAGUUGGACCACAUGCUGAUGAUUGGUCUUUUUCUUGGGAUCCCUGUGUGGAGGAGUUGUCCGGCGAUUUCUGGACGGCACUUGAAGAUGCUCAGUUGAAAGUCCCCGGUACAUGGGUUGACGAGAGAACUGAAGAUUCUGUAUGCCUUAUGGGAGAUAGGGUUAAUUGUUGGCUCCGGUGGUACGAGAGGAAGUACUGCGAGGGGUUUCGAGUACGAGGAAUAUUGACGUGCCAGGAGUUUCGCCACAUGAACCAUGGUUCAGAUAGUGACUUAUGGUUGGUUAAGGAGAUCCUAGACUGCUGUUAG